AUGAGACGGCAUGGUGGCGGCCAUGGCAUUGAAAAGACCCUCGUGGGUUCUAAUAACACUUAUCAGACUGUGUUUCCCGGAGUCUCCUGGGAUGAUGAUCAUUGGUUGCUCACAACUACCACCCCUGAUCCUGGUCAUUAUCAGUCGCGUGGCUCUGUCGCCAAUGGGUAUAUUGGCAUAAGCGUUUCCAGUAUUGGACCUUUCUUUGAACUUGAUAUGCCUGUGGAUGGUGAUGUGAUAAGUGGGUGGCCAUUAUUUUCCCGACGACAAUCAUUUGCUACUAUUGCUGGAUUUUACGACUAUCAGCCUACAACGAAUGGGUCUAAUUUUCCCUGGAUAAAUCAAUAUGGAGGCGAAAGCGUUAUCAGUGGAGUUCCUCACUGGAGCGGCCUCAUCAUCGACCUGGGUGACGAAACGUAUCUUGACUCAACUGUGGACAACCAAACUAUCACAGGCUUUUCUUCCACCUAUGAUUUCAAAGCAGGAAUGUUGUCGUGGUCUUAUACAUGGACUCCUGCAGCGGGGGAUAAGGGCUCCUACAAAAUCACAUACCGAAUUUUUGCAAAUAAGUUGAAUGUUAACCAGGCGGUUGUCGACAUGGAGAUUAUCCCUUCUAUAGACUCGGAGGCGAUAAUUGUCAAUGUGUUAGACGGCUACGCCGCAGUCCGUACGGAUUUCGUGUCAUCUGGGCAGGACGACGGUGCCAUUUAUUCGGCAGUACGUCCUUGGGGAAUUGAGAACGUUACUGCGUACAUAUAUGCAAACAUCACUGGUUCGGAUGCGGUCCAUUUGUCUUCUCGCAGGAUUGUGACCGGUAAGGCUUAUGUGAAUAUAAAUGAGUCAUCAAUUGCACAGGCUGUAGACGUGAAGUUCUCUGCCAGUGAGAAAGUUCGAAUCACCAAAUUUGUUGGUGCUGCCUCGACGGAUGCAUUUUCCGACCCGCAGCAGACAGCUAAACAGGCAGUAUCACAAGCCUUGACGGCUGGGUAUCUUCGAUGUCUACAAUCGCAUGUUGCGGAGUGGGCCUCCAUCAUGCCUGAUAAUUCUGUUGAUCGUUUCGUGAACCCAUCCACGGGAAAGCUGCCAGAUGAUCAAAAUAUCAUUAGUUCGGCUAUCAUCUCGGUUACAAACCCAUAUUAUCUGUUGCAGAAUACAGUCGGAAAAAAGGCUAUUCGUGAGGCUUCUGACGCACCCCUUAACGUUGAUAGUCUCUCGGUGGGGGGGCUCGUAUCCGACUCGUAUGCUGGUUUGGUAUUCUGGGAUGCUGAUGUCUGGAUGCAGCCAGGACUGGUUGCAUCCCACCCUGAGGCUGCCCAGAGAGUUACGAAUUAUCGUACUGAGAAAUACGCCCAAGCAAAGGCAAACGCAAAGACCACAUUCGCAGGGUCAAAGAAUAAGACAUACGUGGAGCCUUCUGCAGCUGUUUAUCCUUGGACGAGUGGCCGGGUUGGAAAUUGCACAGGGACUGGUCCUUGUUGGGACUACCAGUACCAUCUUAAUGGUGAUAUUGGGCUGUCGUUGAUCUACCAGUGGGUGACUAGCGGCGACACUGAUACUUUCCGUGAAAAGCACUUCCCCAUCUAUGAUUCUGUGGCCACGCUCUACUCCAACCUUGUAGAGCCCAACGGAACCUCAUGGACCCUGACAAAUAUGACAGAUCCUGACGAAUAUGCAAACCAUGUUGAUGCUGGUGGCUUUACAAUGCCGAUGAUCUCCGAGACGCUCGAGUACGCUAAUGCUUUCCGUCAGCAGUUCGGCUUUGAGAUGAACGAGACAUGGUCGGAAAUUGCGGACAACGUUUUGAUUCUUCGAGAGAAUGGGGUUACGCUGGAAUAUACGACAAUGAACGGGACUGCCGUAGUGAAGCAGGCUGAUGUUGUGCUUGCCACUUAUCCUCUGGUGUAUGAUAACUAUACUUCUCAGAGCUCUCUAACUGACUUGGAUUAUUAUGCCAAUAAACAGUCUGCAGAUGGUCCCGCAAUGACCUGGGCGAUCUUCUCCAUUGUGGCAGGAGCUGUGUCUCCUUCCGGAUGCUCGGCAUACACCUACCAGCAGUAUUCGUUUGCGCCAUAUGCACGCGCACCCUUUUUCCAGCUCUCAGAGCAGAUGAUCGAUGACGCCAGCAUCAACGGUGGCACUCACCCAGCCUAUCCCUUCUUGACGGGCCAUGGCGGCGCCAACCAGGUCGUGCUCUUCGGCUAUCUAGGUCUCCGACUCCUCCCUGACGAGGCGAUCCAUAUUGAACCCAAUCUUCCACCACAGAUCCCGCAUAUCACGUAUCGGAUCUUUUACUGGCGGGGAUGGCCGAUCUCGGCUAGGUCAAACUACACCCACACAGUCAUCCAACGAGCGGCGCAUGCUCCCCCCUUAGAUACAGCCGAUCAUCGUUUUGCCAAUGCUUCUAUUCCGGUAUACGUUGGCCCCGAGUCCAACGCAACCGUAUAUACCCUCCCCAUCAGACGUCCUCUUACCGUUCAAAACCGCCAAAUUGGAACGAUCAACAGCAUCCCGGGCAAUCUAGUCCAAUGUACCCCUGUUUUCUCGCCCGAUGAUUUUGAACCAGGCCAAUUCCCCCUCUCUAUUGUUGACGGCGCAACUUCCACCCGGUGGCAGCCGAAAUCGGCUAAUCCGAGCUCUGUCACUGUACAACUUAGCGCAGCUAGCCGGCAUCUGCAGACGAUGGCGUCCGGGUUCCACUUUGAGUGGGCGCAGGCGCCGCCCGUCAACGCCACUGUGAUUUUCCACGACCAGCCGCUGCAGAACCCGGCUCUUGCGCUGACUGCCACGCCUCCCGGCGCUAGGAUCGUGGCAUCCCUGACGAAUAUCAAGCAAUCUCUGCCGUAUUCUGAGCAGACCGUGGACUCGAAUCAAGUUUCUCUUCCCGUGGGAAACACGACCACCAUUCAGUUGGAUGUCCCUGUCCCUGUUUCCCGGUACGCGACCUUGUUGAUCUCAGGGAACCAGGCGCUCUCCGGGGCGCAUGAUGAUACCGGUGCAACAGUGGCUGAAUGGGCAAUUCUUGGGCCUGGUUCCCAAGUCGAUCAGACCAAGUCGACAAGGACAAUGAGUUCUCGGGAUACGGCUACUUUGAAGAGACUGAAUAGAGGUGGAGGUGCUAUGAUAAACUACUAGGGAACAAUAAGGACAGGAACACCAAGGAACCGAAUAGCGAAUGGAAUUAGAUUUUAUUUGAGCAAGUUCCCUCGGGGGUGUGACUGUAAAAAUAGAAACCAUCAACUGCACAGAAAACGUGACGUGAUGGGAUAAAAAUCUGGACCUAGUGCUUUAUUAGAGAAUUGAGAAUGGAAUUCCAGCAUCGGGCGAAGAAAGCCAGAAGACUAUCUGCUAUACCGGCUGGCAACGCCAUGAAUGAAGGAAUGAAUGGG